CCCAUCUCGACCGCUGCGACCGACAACAAAAUGCUCGGUAGCUGGGGCCCGACGGACAAAACAUUCAGUCGAGGUUGCAAGCCGGCCGACCAGCCAGCCAGCCAGCCAGCCCCAGCCCCAGCCCCUUGCUGCGAACCCUUUGUCGUGUCCAGCUAUUGCCGAGGGCACCCGCCGCUCUUCUUAUACGGCGCCGUCCAACAGCAAUGGAAGUUUCACAGAGGAUCAAAAGCCCCCGCGUAUCGCCGGUUUCGUCAAGGUCAAGCACACCGGCGGCUCAUGCGGCGGCGCAUCACCGCGGGACAUUCCGGCGGACUUGGUUGCCUCGCCUCCCUCCGCCCGAACCCCUCCCCCCACUCACACGCACACGCACCUGAAAAGGCUGCAGGAAACCCACCCCCUGUAGGUUCUUGGGUCGGCACUGAUGCCGAUGGACCGGGGGGACCAGGAAGGAGGGCAUGGUUGGAUUGGAUGAUGGCCCAAAAAAACAAUAAGACCAGAUAAGGCUCCCCUCACAACCUCCAUCCUCCUUGCCCGUCUCUCAUCAGCCGGCUUAUCUUGCUCGUCCUGCCAUGAUAAGCCCGACCCGGAUUACAUUUGGCCUGCCAGCGAGUGGUGGUGGCCUUUGAUCAGGUCCGUCCGAGGACAAGAGGGCCGGCCUCCCUUGCCCUACCUAGCGGGAGCCAUUCGAGCAGGCGCGGCAGCGGUUCAAGCUACCUUAGCUACAGUACAAUACAGAGUACUAAACCAACAACUUAAAGACGGUCGCACACGGCAUCGCCACUGGCCGGACGGACCUUGCCGCGGCGGGCGGCCUUUGCGGUCAAGAUGGUCGCCUCCGACACAGGCCGAAGCAAAGUAGGAUCGUGCGUCAAGAUGCGAGUCGGCGCCCGGUUCCAGACCCCUUCCUGUCUUGCAGACUGCGGCAAAUAGCCUUCCGGCCGCAUUCCGCAGCGCGUCUUGCCCGCUGACAUGGCGAUGGCAUCAGAACAUCCCCGGACUUUGGCCGUGCGAUGGGCCUUCUGGUGACGUCUACUGCGCUUCCACGGCCGCUUGUGCCGUUCUCGACGUCCUUUUGAGGAAUCCGCGCCGUCUUCGAGGCCCCUAGCACUGAAGGGCGCAUCUCCGCUCAGGUUUUAGAUUCCUUAUCAGGACCCUCAGACAAGUCGCGCCACUCCCGAUCUAGCUAUCAGCAGCCUCCGCGGAAGCCCUCAAUCCGCCCAUGACCGCUCCGUGCCGAGUGCCCGACUGACUUGCGAAGUCGGGAGACAACUUCUGCGACUCGAAAGACCGGCCCUCCCCAUCAGCCGCUUCGGCAACCCUCGCCACGUAACUUCUUACAUAAGUUACAUGGUGGCAUGACUCCGAAGAUGCAUCGCGUCCCCAGGUUUUGUUUAGUUAGUGCCACCACCUCCCAUAUAUAUAAGUGCCGGCGGUGAACGCGAAUCUCCCUCAUUAAGAGACCGUCUCUUGCCCUCCGUGGGCAUCCCCGCUCUCCGCCAGGCUCACUCUACCCCUACCAGUCUACAGUUCCGUACCAAGUGGCCAGAAUGGCUCACGGUCCUGUAAAGCCGGCGGCCUUGGCUUCCACAAAGCAUUUCCAGUUUCCUCCAAGCCCCCCGAGUACAGCAAAGCACUCCAGAAGAGGAAGCUUUGACGGGUCAUACACUUCGCUUGCUUCAUUGGCACUCUCCUCCUCCUUGGAAGCCACUCUACCGCCCCUGUCUUCGUCCCCAUCCUCGUCGUCAUCUUCAGACUCCCCGUUGUUGGCCGCCGGCGCCGCUUCAGAGAGCCUGCUAAGCCAUUACCCCCUACCACCUGCAAAUGGCGUAAAGCAGGUCCUGGUCGAGGACCUCAAGACCCCCGACAGCCAUGUCAAGAGAGACCCGAGGCUCAUCCGUCUCACCGGAGUACACCCGUUCAACGUUGAGCCUCCCCUGAGCGACUUAUACGACGAGGGCUUUCUCACCAGUGAAGACCUGCACUAUGUGCGAAACCACGGGCCGGUACCAAAGUGUGACGACUCGAGCAUCUACGACUGGACCUUCACCGUUGAGGGCAUGGUCUUCAAACCCUUCACCAUCAGCGUGAGAGACCUUAUCGACAACUAUGAGCAGGUCACGUACCCAAUCACCCUCGUUUGUGCCGGGAACAGGCGAAAGGAACAGAACCUCGUCCGCAAGUCCAAGGGCUUUUCCUGGGGUCCCGCCGGCGUGUCGACGGCUCUGUGGACCGGCGUGCCCAUCGGCGACCUCAUCGCUCAGGCCCUACCAAAGAGAGGCGCCAAAUACGUGUGCUUUGAGGGCGCUGACAAGUUGCCCAAUGGCUACUACGGAACGUCGGUCAAGCUCAACUGGUGCAGGGAUCUGAACAAGGGUAUUCUCGUGGCCCACAAGAUGAACGGCAGCACCCUUCAUCCCGACCAUGGCAAGCCCGUACGCGUCGUUAUCCCGGGUCAGAUCGGCGGUCGCAGCGUCAAGUGGCUGAAGCGCAUAAUCGUCACCGCAGAGCCGAGUGACAACUGGUACCAUAUUUACGAUAACCGCGUGCUGCCGACCUCCGUCACUCCAGAGGCCAGCGCCGACCUGCCAGACACGUGGAAGGACGAGAGAUACGCCAUCUACGACCUCAACGCCAACAGCGCCAUCUGUUACCCGGCACACGACGAGACGGUCUCCCUGGCAAGCGGCGUCGACACGUAUAAAGUACGCGGCUACGCUUACGGAGGCGGCGGUCGACGCAUUACCCGCAUGGAAGUGACACUCGACAAAGGCAAGUCGUGGAGGCUAGCCCACGUGCACUACCCAGAGGACGAAUAUCGGCUGGCGCCCGAAGGCGAAAUGCUCUAUGGCGGACGGCUGGACGUGUGGUGGCGAGAAACUUCUUUCUGCUGGUCCUUCUGGGAGCUUGACAUCCCCUUGGCGGAGCUCGAGGCCGCGCAAGACAUCAUGGUUCGUGCCAUGGACGAGGGACUAAUGGUCCAGCCGAGGGACAUGUACUGGAGUGUGCUCGGCAUGAUGAACAACCCGUGGUUUCGCGUCGUCAUACACAAGGAGGCCAAGUCCCUGAGGUUCGAGCACCCGACGCAGCCGGCCCUCAUGCCGGGCGGGUGGAUGGAUCGAGUCAAGAAGUCGGGAGGCAACCUAGCCAACGGCUUCUGGGGCGAGAAAGUAUCUGGCGAGGACGAGGAUGCCGGUCAGGAGGAGCCGGCCAAGGAGAUCUGCAUGACGAAUCCCAAGGUCGACAGGCUCAUCACCGCGGAGGAGCUGAAGCAGCAUGGGGGUGACGUGGAACCUUGGUUCGUGGUCGAUGGCCACGUCUACGAUGGCACACCCUUCCUCGAAGGUCACCCCGGCGGCGCGGCUUCCAUUUUCGGGGCCGCUGGACAAGACGCCACCGAAGAGUUUGUGACUAUCCACAGCGAAAACGCAAAAGCGAUGAUGCCCGACUACCACAUCGGGACGCUCGACAAGGACGCACUGGCGGCCCUCUCCGGCGAGGUCGAAGAGACAGACCCUUCACGGGCCGUCUUCCUUGACCCCAAGGCCUGGACCAAGGCAGUCCUGCAGGAUAAGAUCAGGGUCUCGGCCGACAGCAGGGUGUUCCGGUUCAGGCUCGACCACGAGGAGCAGCAGAUUGGCCUGCCCGUGGGCCAGCACCUGAUGAUGCGUCUGCGCGACCCGGCCACGCGCGAGGCCAUCAUCCGGGCGUACACGCCCAUAUCCGAGGGCACGGACACGGGCAUCCUCGACGUGCUCGUCAAGGUCUACUACGACACGCCCGAGCGCAAGGGCGGCAGGAUGACGCAGGCCCUCGACGCCCUCCCGCUCGGCCACUUUGUCGACUUCAAGGGCCCCGUGGGCAAGUUCGAGUACCUGGGCCACGGCCGCUGCAGCGUGGGCGGGAAGCCGCGCGACGUGCGGCGCUUCAACAUGGUGUGCGGCGGCUCCGGCGUCACGCCCAUCUUCCAGGUCCUCCGGGCCCUGACCAAGGACGCCCGCGACCCCACCGAGUGCGUCCUGCUCGACGGCAACAGAGUCGAGGAGGACAUACUGUGCCGCGUGCAGCUCGACGCCUUCACCGACGCGGCCAAGCACCGCUGCCGGCUGGUCCACACCCUGACGCGGCCCUCGGAGACGUGGGCCGGCCGUACGGGCCGCAUGGACAGGGCCCUCGUCGAGGAAGAGAUUGGUGCCUGCGAGGUGCCGGGGCGGGACAUGGUGCUCGUUUGCGGGCCCGCGGCCAUGGAGAAGAGCGUGCACGAGAUUCUCACGAGCUUGGGCUGGCCCGACGACGACAUUCUCUUCUUCUAGUGACGAGGACAACCUUCUGGGACAAGAUUUUCCCCCACAUGACCAUCAUCUUGAAUAACGAAAGCGAGGGAAAAGGAAGCGGGUGCCGGAGCACACCACAUUGGAUACACAUUGCACGGCGUAACGAAAAGAAUGACACGGUGGGGGAAUCCCCAUCGCCCAGCGGGCUAGGAAUCAAUCCUCGCCACAAUCAUACUAUGCAUCUAUUUCAGUAUGACCUUGCUCAGCAUCCAUUUUGCUCCCACCCAAGUGUAGAAUCAACUCCAUCCAGCCCGUACCCUAGUGUGACGCCGGGCCCCGCGCUGCCUAUCCCAACAUGAAGAUGCCGUGUAUACCCUUUGCGAGGCGCUAUCAGUCAUAUGCUCUACAUUCAUGCAAUUCCAAAGCGUUCUACACCAGCCGACGCUUUAC